GGGGCGCGGUCGCCGUCAGUCGUCACGGAGUAGAGCUGGUGCUUGUCAUCCGGCCGCCAUUAUUUCAUACGAAUUCAUAAAUCAUUUAAAGUUUUCGUUGUCUAUACGCGUUAAAGUAUCGUGUGUUUAAUACUAUCGUGAGAGUCAAGAGUAUUCUCAUUAUUUGCAAGUGUGUUUAAGUAAGGCGAAUCAGUGUAGAGUGGUGUAGUUAGGUUACUGUGUGAGUGUUAACAUUGUGUAGGGUGGCUCCGGUUAGGCCGGGGCGGCAAGACGCGAUCGGAUCGUAUGCCGAGGGAGCGGUGAAAGCGCGCCCGGCUCGGGAGUCGGGGCGGACGGCAGCCAGGGCAAAAAAACAGCUGCCGACAUGGGGUGUACUCAGUCGGCCGAAGAGCGCGCCGCUGCUGCCCGGAGCAAACAGAUUGAGAGAAACUUGAAGGAAGAUGGCAUCCAAGCCUCCAAAGAUAUCAAACUAUUGCUGCUGGGUGCUGGCGAGUCUGGGAAGAGUACUAUAGUUAAACAAAUGAAAAUUAUCCACGAGAGCGGCUUUACAAAUGAAGAUUUCAAGCAGUACCGGCCCGUGGUGUACAGCAACACGAUCCAGUCGCUCGUCGCCAUCUUACGCGCCAUGCCCAACCUCGGCAUCACCUACGGGAAUAAGGAUCGCGAGAGCGACGGUAAGAUGGUGUUCGACGUGAUCCAGCGGAUGGAAGACACUGAGCCGUUCAGUGAAGAGUUGCUAGCAGCUAUGAAGAGGCUGUGGGCUGAUGCUGGCGUCCAGGAGUGCUUCGGCCGCUCCAACGAGUACCAGCUCAACGACUCGGCUAAAUACUUCCUGGAUGAUCUGGACCGGUUAGGUGCCAGAGACUAUCAGCCCACCGAGCAGGAUAUAUUAAGAACCAGAGUCAAAACGACCGGCAUCGUAGAAGUUCACUUCUCAUUCAAAAAUCUUAAUUUCAAAUUGUUCGAUGUGGGCGGUCAGAGAUCUGAGAGGAAGAAGUGGAUCCACUGUUUCGAGGAUGUGACUGCUAUCAUCUUCUGUGUUGCCAUGUCCGAGUAUGAUCAAGUCCUGCAUGAGGAUGAAACAACGAACCGCAUGCAGGAGAGUCUCAAGCUGUUUGAUUCCAUCUGUAACAACAAGUGGUUCACCGACACCAGCAUCAUACUGUUCCUCAACAAGAAGGAUCUGUUCGAGGAGAAGAUACGCAAGUCACCUCUCACCAUCUGCUUCCCUGAGUACACAGGCGCGCAGGAGUACGGCGAGGCGGCCGCGUACAUCCAGGCGCAGUUCGAGGCCAAGAACAAGUCCACCACCAAGGAGAUCUACUGCCACAUGACCUGCGCCACCGACACCAACAACAUACAGUUCGUGUUCGACGCCGUCACCGACGUCAUCAUCGCCAACAACCUCCGCGGCUGCGGCCUCUACUAGUACACACGCUGUCCCCUCACGUACACAGUCGCUUCGGUCUCGACCCAGCUGCGGCUGUUUCAUAUUUAUCAUAGGAUGUAUUUUUGGUGGUGCGGUUGUCCGUGCCGAUGUGCCGACGGACGGUCGCCGUGUUCCGCGGGAUGUAGCUUGCUGUGUACACCGACGUGCAUCGAACACGGCUUGGGGCGUUCAAUGUCCGUCUCGGCGGAGCGCGACUGGACUGUCGAUGGAUCGGACGAGAUUUGACGCCUCAGUACAGUUUAGGUAUCUAGCGAUCGAUUCUAAAUUAUGGUGCUAGGCGAUAUCGGCCGGUCGGAAGCGGUCUAGUCGCGGCCGUCGGGCGAGGCGGCACAGACCAACGCCGCGCAGAGGCAGCCCGCCGCGGCGUGGCGUCGCGUCUGCGCCGUCGCUGCUCUGCGCCAUCUCAUGCGCUUAUAUACUCACUCUCUUACGGACCAAACACAGAAAGGAACCAAUAUUUAAAGCAGAACAUUAGUGAGAUGCAUGAGUACGUUCACAGGCCUACUUUAACUGUUACAAGAUAUCAUUCCAUUUUUAGGUAUUAUCGCUCACUAUGAGAAAUUAUUUUUUAUAAACUUUUAAAUGCACAACUGCUGUAACCGCUCGCAUGGCGCGUCCCUCCCGCAGCCGAGUCGUCCUCGUAUCUGUCGACCGAGCACCGAAUGUUUUAUUCCUCCGAGACUAUCAGUUCGUUAUGCCAUAUACUAAUAUAUAUAAUAUGUAGUUCUUUUUUGUGUUCAUAUUUUUUCUAUAUCACUUUACAAUAACCUUAAGAUGUAGCUUUUUAAGAUCUUCUCUCGUAAUCGACACAUGAAUCACGUCGGGAUAUUUAUUUAAUGUAGAUUACCUUCUAUGGGAUAAGUCAGUGAGUGUUGAUUGUUCACGAACGCGCCGUUGACCUUAACCUUCGUAGUUAACUGGGUUCGUUUAACGUUGAUGUAAGUUAUGUGAGUAUAUAAACUUGUAUACACACCCGAAUUGGCGUAAUCAACCAUUAUACAUAUAUAAUACUAUAUAACAUAAUUUAUUAUCAAUAAUAACAUAAAAAAAUCUUACUCGUAAGCGUUAGUACAGUAACUGUAUCAAUAAAUAUUAAUUAAUGAAGCGUUUAGGCGGUAAACCUUUACUACUAUCAUAGUUAGGCGAUUUCUUUUCAUUUUAUGUUACGAUGACUAUGUAAAAAGUGUUUACUUAAAAAACUACAUGUAACGCCUACACUGACCUCGCGGAUCGUCGCGACUCCUGGAACUUCUGGGACUAGAUACAGCAGACGUCUGGACAUCACCGGCCGAGGGUAGACAGACGAUCCGCGACCAGCGACCGCCCGCCCGUCGCUAGGUAGGUUUUUUUACUGUUAUAUAACAACAUGUUUAUGUAAAGCAGAACUAAUAAUAUAAUUAGCGCGGUUUACAUUCGAUCCCAUGAUAUAGUUUAGGUAAGCUUCGUGGUACGUUAGGAGUUAUACCGAGGCGACCAGCGCCCGUCUGUAUUUUGCAUUUGAAGGUGUUCCUCCGCCGCUGAGCAUUAUUAACUUGUAUGCUUUAAUAUUUCGAGUGAAUGUGAUGUAAAUUUGUACACUGCCGCAUUGUUUAUUCGCUCGAAUCACAUUUAGUUUAUAAGGAUUAUUGUGACAGUGACAGUGACAGAGACGCACACGCCACGACACCGUUACGUUACGUCGUCUUAGUUAGGGAUACAAAAAAUAAAAUAUUGUGCACAAACUAUCGAGUAUCGGAUACUUCAAACGGCAGCCAUUUCCCAUCCGACAGUACAGGUCACGUGACAAACACGUGCCCUGGCCGCGGGCUUGUCUGAAGACUGAAAUGUUCUGGCUCAAGUUUUCCCGCGCUUUUAGAUUCACAUCGGGAAUAUAUUUUGUUUUUAAUUUAUCAUUAGACCCGAGUCUAUAUCGAUGUCUCAAUGUAAUGUUAGCGAUGUGUAACCCGCGUUCGAGACCCAUCCGGAACAAGUGGUCGCUCGGUGUGCGUGACUCACUAUGCUUCAUUCGUAUUUACCAAAGUUGUUACUAACCUCACUAUUUAUAAAAUGUAUGUUCUGGAUGACUAACUAACACGAGGACCCAGGACAGCGGUGUGACGGAGUCCUUGUCUAGAAUUCGGUAAAGUUUAAAGUAAUGUAGCGUGAGGUGCGGGCUUCGGCUCCCGUCUGGUGAACGAGCGCAUUAAUGAAGUUAAAUUUUUAGUCACUAGUGGAUAAUUUUUGAAUGUGAUUCAAUCUUAUCUUUAUUUUUCUAUAUCGAGUGACUCGUAACAUGUUUAUUUCUUUAUAUGUUCUUAAUUAUUGUUUGUAAUGCAUUUACUGCAAGCGGAAUAUUUAACCAACGAUGUAAUAAAAAAAAAAUAUUUUUCUCUUUUUGUAUCUCGUCUGCACUGGUAUUUUUUAUUGAAUUUACUAUAAAUGUACUUUAAGUGUAUAAUUUUAAAUAAUUACUGAAAAUGAUUAUAUUCUAAUUUUUAUGUUCAAAUAAUAA